GCGCUGAUAAUGACGACAGCACAUGUAUGAGCGUCUCAGCGUCCGGGACGGAGAGUCGGCCUUCAUUCAACAGGCAGCAUGUCUGUGGUGACUCCUGCCAACCGGAGGAACCCCGAGAAGUGCUGCCUUCACGGUGACGUUCACGUUCCGGGUCCACAAACCGCCAACGAUCCACAGCAGGAGCACAAUCAGCAGCUGAUCUGGGACCAGAGGGAGAGUCAGACGCUGCUGCAGACUGUUGUUAUCAGAGUCGAGGAGUGAGUGAUGAAGGCUGAUAGCGAGCUGACAACUGUCUGACGAGCAGCUGAACGUGUAAAAGUCAGAGAUGCAACGCUGGAAAACACACUUCAAGAAUGAGUGAAACUCCAACAGAGCUUGAGCUUCAGCCUUCAGUCCAGCCGUCUUCACAGCCAGAACUUGAGCUCGGCCUUCAGCCUCCAUCUCAGUCCGACCUGCAGCCGAAGCCUCGGUGGAGGAACCUCCAGCGGCUGCUCCUCGUCCUGCUGGGCUUCUCCUCAUGUGCUGCCAUGCUGGGUCUGAUCUACUACCUGCACCACCGUCUCCACCCUGAGGACCAGCCAGCAGCUGUGUCUCCUUGCGUCUCUGCAGCCUGUCGAUCGGCCUCGGCUCGGAUCUCCUCCUCCACUGAUCCCUUCGCUCAGCCCUGCGAAUAUUUCACCUCCAGCUGUGGAUUGGACAGACGGGCGGAGCUCAGCGGAGGCAGGAUGAGAGGACAAGGAAUCCCUGGACAUCCUCAGAACCUGAAGGACCGAUCAGAGAGGAGAGGACGAGACGGAGAGGACAGGAGACAGACAGAAGACAGAACUCUGGACAGAAAGACUCUGCUGCUGCAGCAUCUCAGGGAGGUUUUAGAAACCAAAGACGGGUCGAGCGGUUUGGCGGUUGAGAAGACCAGAAGGUUCUACAGCUCAUGUUUGGACACCAGAGCUAUAGAAAGUGCUGGAGAAGAACCCUUCCUUUCUCUCAUCCAGAAACUGGGCGGAUGGGCAGUUUCCGGUCAGUGGAAUCGGACCGACUUUAACUCCACUCUGAGCUCCAUGAUGAGAGACUUCGCCACUUUUCCCUUCUUCAACCUCUACGUAGGCAAAGACCCGGCUGAAGUUUCUCGCGGGUCCAGCAGAAGAUACAUCCAGAUCGAUCAGCCGGAUCUUCUCAUCCCCAUCAAAUGGAACAGCAGGACGCAGAAGUCUGAGGCCAAGACUGAGACUCUACGUCCAUUCCUGGCAUCCUGUCAGAGAUAUCUCGCCCUGCUGGGGGCGCCACCGAGCACCAGUAUGAUCCACGUGGGCGUCUUCAUCUCGCUGUCCUCUGAACUGGCCGUAGCAGCUUCUCCUCUGCAGCAUCGGCUCCAGGAAGGACAGCUGCACCAGCGCAUGACCAUCAGAGAGCUGCAGCAACAGGCUCCUGCCAUCGAUUGGCUGAGGUGUCUUCAGGCUGCCUUCCAUCCUCUGAGCCUGGGAGAAGAAGACCUGGUCCUCCUCCAUAACCUCCCCUACAUUCUGCAGAUGUCCCGCAUCAUUAAGAAGUGGCAGAACAAACACGAGCUGAGCGGCAGUGGUCCACUCCACACCUACAUGGUCCUGAACCUGCUGCACACCCUGAUGCCGGCGAUGGACUCCAGGUUCUCCGGGACAGCAAAGAACUUUUCUUUAGCUUUGGGCGACACUGAAGGGGAGGUUCCUCGCUGGAGACGCUGUGUUCUGGAGACGGAGAGAGGAUUCGACUCGGUUCUGACCCACCUGCUCAGAGAGAGGACAGAACACAGACAGGCCAAGGAGAUGAUCCAACACGUGUUCUCCUCCUUCAAGUCCAAAUUAAACCAGCUGCAGUGGACGGACCAGAAGGUUCUGCAGCUCCUCAUGAAAAAGUUUGAUAUCUUCUCCAUCUUUCUCCAGGUUCGUUCUUUAACUCCCAGACUGUGGACUUCAGAGGAGUCCAGUGAAGCUGAACUCGAUUUGCUGUUUUCUGAGGUGACCGUCGGCUCAGACAGCUUCUUCUCCAACUACAUCCAGCUGCUGUCGCUGUGGCAGAAGAGACGCAACAAGCUGCUGACGGAGAACCGAGAGGCUGCUGAUAUUCUGUCCGUCACUCCGUCCCUCCUUGGAGAUGAGCUCCUGUUUCCGUUGGGAAUGUUCGUCCCUCCUCUGUUCCACCACACCUAUCCCAGAGCCAUGAAUUACGGUGCGACAGGUUUCCUUAUCGCCAAAGAUAUCCUGCAUCUGCUUCUGAAUGACAUUUCCUCCCACAGUGGGUCGGUGAGCGCUGCAGCAGACUGUCUGUGGAAUCUUUACCUGAGUGCGACCGAAGCAGCCAGCAGACGAGCUUCCCUGUCGGCGGCGCAGCAGCAGGAGCUGUGGCUGCAGUUCUCUGCUCUCCAGGUGUCUCUCCAGGCCUACCAGCAGAGUCUGCAGCAGCGUCCAGGUGACUCCUCGCUGUCAGGACGAGCUCACACUCACCUGUUCCUCACCGCCUUCUCUCAGGUAAACUGUGACGUGGAUCCGUACCGUGAGUUCAUGCCUCUGGGACCGUCCUUCUUCAUCACAGUCGUCUGCUCCAGAACCAACCAGUGUCCUUCAACACCGCGGUGUUCCAUCAAACCUCAGCAGAAUCCCCCACACACCUGCUGAAACAUGACUUCCUCAGUACAUAUAUUCCCUCUGAAUGUCCACAUGAAGCUGUAGAACGUAGCCAGAGACGUUGAUAAACUCUGGUUAUGGAGACGUUUUUGUAACAGCUGCAGAAUGUACGACUCAAAACCCAUUUUUAUAUUAACCUUAGUUGUUGUCAGGAUGUUUCUGAAUGUUGCAUCAGUUGCACAAAUAUUCAUUUAAAUAAAAUAAGUAACUUUUGAAGAAAUAUUUUUGUCUCACUUUCAGCAGAGGAAAAAAAACAGUUUUUUAAAAAAGCAAGCUGUUCUGCAGGAAAAUGUCACA